UAAAAAUACGACUGAUACUUGUUCAUAUAAAGUGGUGACAGCUGAUGUUUGUGACAUUUUUGGAGAAGUCAAGCAAAGGGUCUGAAAUGGUUCUUCAACACAGGAUCACUUUGUUGCUUCUCAUCUUUUCAUGUCUGAUUGUCUUGACAGAUUCAUGUAACAAUCGAUGUCUGGCAAAUAUGAUGAUUAAUAAGAAAAUGAAGAGCGCACCACAGGGUAAUACUUGUUCUGUCAAUGUAUCCAUCACUUCAAUCAAGUAUGAGACCAUGUCUUUUGACACAAAAAACAUGCAAAUGAGCAGCCGUAUCAAGGUAAACAUGGUGUGGAGGGAUCUUGAACUACAGUGGAAUACCACAAUUUCUGAUGCUGAGGCUGUUAUGUUACCAGUUGACAAAAUCUGGACUCCUGAAUUGGUUUUGGAGAAUGUGAUAGAUGUAACCGUGAAGCCUUACACUCAUGAUGUGCAGGUGAACCGGGACGGAUUGGUGGACUAUAGUGCUAUCUUGUUCAUAUCCGUGAGCUGUAAUGAUAUCAACCUUUUCAACUACCCCUUUGUGCAUGGAGAAUGUUCUGUGGCUAUCAAUGGAUGGAACCAAAGCAAAUGUGAGGUUAACUUCAUCCAUCCACCUAACGUAUCGAUUGUUGGAGGCAUUCAAGGAGAGUGGGAGACUUUGAGUGUGAUAAUAGAACAAGACCAAUCGUUUCAAAACAGCAGCUAUCUCUCGGUCUCUUUAUCCAUCAGUCCUUUCAGUGCUGUUGUGACCCUGAUCCUGCCCAGUGUGUUAAUAAUGCUGGCUGACCUGGUAACUUUUUCUCUGCCAGUUCAAGGAGGAGAACGCAACAGCCUUAAGGUCACCUUAGUCCUGAGUUUCACCAUGUUCCUCCUCAUCCUCAAUGAUCACCUAAGCAGUGGUGGACGAUGUAGCCCUAUCCUUCAUUAUCAUUUCUGCUUCUGUCUGGUCAAUCUGGUGUUCAGCAUGAUGGUGUCUAUUUGUUUGACACGUCUGACGUUGAAUGACACAAUCCUGUCUUGGAAAUGCUCAAAGAACAAUAAAAAACACAAAAAAACUGUGAGCCUGGGUCAGGAUGAAGAUGCUGGGGUGAUUGCAACAAAAACGUUCAGCGAUCUGCCUUCAGAAGUGGCUUCCCUCCAAAAAGUAGUCACUUUUUUGGAAAACAUUGACCAAAAAGCGGAAGUGACAAGCAGCAACGAGUCUUUUGUGGAUGGCUUGGAUAAAAUCUGUUUCUGUUUUUUUUUAUUCAUUGACAUAAUUUAUAUCAUCGUUGUUGUAAUUAUCACCAGAACAGACUUGUGCAAAGAAAAAAGGAAGGAAUUAUGGGUUAACGAAGAUUUCUAUGAUCCUCCUUAUACAAAUGGGCAUAUACAUUAUUAUGACAACUACAGUUUUUAUGAUUACUUUUUUAAAUUUUGA